AUGAGAGACAAUGCUGGUAAAGGUGGAAGAAAUGAUGCAUGGACAGUUGACGGUUUUUCUAGCUGGAAUAAAGCUAAAAAUAUUUCAGAACAUGUAGGAGCUGUUAACAGUUUUCACAACAAUGCAGCAAUGAAGUGUGAAAACUUGAUGAAGCAAGGGUUACCUUUUCGUGGGCAUGAAGAGAAAGAAGAAAUCGCUAAUAAUGGUAACUUUGUUGAACUCUUGAAAUACACUGCCGAGCAAAAUGAAGAUGUGAAGCUAGUCAAAAGCAUUAUUGAUGAAAUUGAUCAUGAUGUAUUUGGUUUGUUGGUGGAUGAGUCUGCAGAUGUUUCUUAUAAAGAACAAAUGGCAGUUGUGUUUCGGUAUGUUGACAAGAGUGGGAUAGUCAAAGAGAGAUUCAUAAGUCUUACUCAUGUAAGUGAUACAUCUUCAUCAUCUUUGAAAUCUGCAGUUGAUUCUUUAUUUGCUAAGUAUGGAUUAAGCAUUACAAAGGUGAGAGGGCAAGGUUAUGAUGGUGCAAUGGGAGCUUCAUGUAAAAGGAAAGACGCGUUCAGAGAAAAUCACAAAAAAACGAUUGAGGAAGAAGUUAAUGAUGGUGUACGCAAGACUGGAAAAGGGUUAAAUCAAGAUGUUUCUGUUCAAAGACCAGGGAUGACUCGUUGGGGCUCUCACUAUAGGACUUUGCUGCGUGUGGUUGAGUGUUUUUCUUCUAUCCUUCAAGAGUUCAAUGAUCGCUUUAAUGAGGUGAACACUGAACUGCUUAUUUGUGCUGCUUCUUUAUCUCCCAUCGAUUCGUUCUCCCAGUUUGACCAUUCAAAACUGAUGAGAUUAUCGACUUUCUACCCAUCUGACUUUAGUCAAGGAGAGUGCAUAUCUCUUGACCAACAGCUAGAUAUCUAUAUUGAUAACAUUCGAAAUGAUGAAAGGUUUACUCAUUUAGAAGAUCUUGGAGACCUUGCUCGUACUUUGGUGGAAACACGAAAGCAUUUGUCAUUCCCUUUGGUUUAUAGGCUUCUGAAGUUGAUUUUGAUUUUGCCGGUUGCCACUGCAACUGUUGAGAGAAGUUUUUCAGCUAUGAAAAUCGUGAAGACAGAUCGACGAAAUCGGAUUGGCGAUGAGUUUUUGAAUGACUCUACGUCACCAUCACCAGGAGAAGCAGCUGCAUCGUCGUCGGUGGUUCCAAUGGUGUCCUCGGACACUGGAGCUUCGACCUCAGUUAUGGAAGCAGACGGAGCUUUGGAAGGGGACGUUGAAGGAGACGGAGAAGAGGCAGCUGCGGCAAGACCAAGGAUGGCCAAGAACACGAGACCAAAAAUUACGACAACGUUUUGGCGACCCAUUCUUCUCUCCGUCUCUUUCUACGUUAGCUUUCCUUUAUUUAUUUUAGGGUUUGAGGUUAGAGAUUGUGAUGAUUGGAGAAGAGCUGGGUUUGAUGUGUACAUAUAG